UUCAGCACCGACCAUCUCCUCGUCGUACCUCCAAAAUGAGCGCACUUAGAUCAUUUCGUGCCACUGACAUGUUCAAGUUCAACAACAUAAAUCUUGACAUCUGGACCGAAACCUACAACAUCGGCUUCUACUUGAGCUAUCUUUCCCGCUGGCCAGACCUAUGCUGCGUCCAGGAAGCGCCGAGCGGGCGCAUGAUGGGUUAUGUGAUCGGCAAAGCAGAGGGCUCUGGGGUAGAAUGGCACGGCCACGUCACCGCACUCACCGUCGCACCAGAAUACCGCAGACUCGGCCUCGGGAAGAAGAUGAUGGACCUACUCGAGCUCGUGUCAGACGAGAUCUACAAGGGCUGGUUCGUCGACCUAUACGUGCGCUGCACAAACAACGUCGCCGUGGGGAUGUAUGAGAAGCUUGGGUAUACCGUGUACCGGAGAGUCCGCGAAUACUAUGGGAGCUUGGGCACGGGCGUCAAACGUAAUCGCGACGAGGAGGACGCGUUUGAUAUGCGAAAACCCUUGUCACGAGACGUGGGCCGCCGAUCUAUACGAGCAAACGGACGCGACAUUAUCGUUGGCGCGCAAGACGUGUCGUAGAGCCAUGGACUUAUCAUCACCUACAUCUGUCAGUGAAUCCGAUCUACUUGUAUCAUAUCCAGCCGAGGAGAUCUACCACGUUUGAGGCGCAA